AGUGCACAGUAAACAAAAAGCAAUGCUCUGUCAGCGAACCCUCGUCGCAUAAUGCACAUAGACCGCGCAAAAGAUACGCUGAAAUGUUACAAAUGCAGCGGAAACCACACCAUUUCACAGUGUGAAGCAUUCAAGACGUUAUGGGUUCAAGAACGGUGGGAGUUAGUAAAAGCGGAUCAGCUAAGCUUCUCAUGUUUGCGUAAGGGUCAUUGCACACUUAAAUGUCACUCGAAGAGACGAUGCAGCGUAAAUGGUUGUCAACGCUAUCACAGUCAGUUACUCCAUAGCGGGGUGCCAGCAUCGCAAGCACUGUGCCAGGUCAGUACAUCGAACGUCCCCGCUCAACCCCUUUUAAUUUGUUUAGCAAACUACACGAACCAGCAAUUAUUUAAAAUGUUGCCCGUCAAUAUUUACGGACCCGACGGGAAGCGGGAAAUAAUUGUCAUGUUCGAUGAAGGCUCGUCUAUCUCGAUCAUGGAAGAAAGGCUUGCGAAAAUGAUCGGAGCUAAAGGGGUGUUACACCCGCUUACAUUACAAUGGUACGACAAUAAGGUGGUGACUGAAAAAUCAUAUGAAAUCAACAUCGAAGUGCGUAAUUGCGCCAGUAACGAAAGGUUUGCGCUUAGAGACGUAUAUACAGUAAACAACUUGAAUUUGCCAGAGCAGUCUCUAAGCAAAGAAGAUUUUGGUCAUUUAAGAAAUCCGCCACUUAUGAAUUAUCACGAGUCGAAGCCAGGUUUACUCAUUGGUUUAACACACGCAUAUCUGAGUGCUACUACUACUAAUGUUAAAGCUGAUAAUGAGAGUCCCCUGGCCGCCAAAACGCCUUUAGGUUGGGUCGCGUAUGGCCCAACAAAAUCGCCUUCAAAUUCCAAUCCUCGAGUUAUGCUGGUCAAAGAUUGUCAACAACUGCACACUUUGGUGUCUGAAUAUUUUGCGUCCGACAGUUUUGGCACUAAUGUGUCUUCGGUGAAUCUGGAGUCAGAAGACGAGCAUGCACGUUUGAUUUUAGACACGACAACCAAGCGAGUGGGUAAGCAUUAUGAGACUGGUUUAUUGUGGAAAACAUUUCCACCUAAGCUGCCCCAUAGCAAAAUAAUGGCAGAAAAGCGUCUGUUGUCAGUGGAGAGAUGAAAAAUGGUGUUGAAUAAUCUGUGC